AUGAUGAAAAAAGGUGGAAAGCUGACCAAGAUACAGCUUAACCCCGUACCCCCCAAAAUGGUGCAAUGUAUCAAAUCACUUGCAGCGCUCCAGACGGCCAUUGAGAGGUUUCACACACACCGUGAAAUUUUUCAUACAUCUGGUGUUCAACCUACCGGCUUCAACCUUCCCCGCCAACACUCUCUUGUCCACCUCAUCCAUCAAAUCCAGGAGUUUGGGGCUCCUGGUGGGCUAUGUUCAUCAAUCACUGAGUCCUGCCACAUUACCGCUGUCAAAUGGCCUUGGCAUUGUUCAAAUCACUACAAAGCUUUGGGGCAGAUGCUGCUUACCAAUCAGCGGCUGGACAAGCUCCUUCGAGCAUGCGCGGAUUUUGUUGAGCGUCGGAUGCUUCCCCCUUCCCAUUUGCCACCUCCAAAACCAGCCUGCCCUAGAUCAUAA